AAAGCACAAGUUAACACUGUUAGGGAUAACAACACUCUAUGAAGCAUCAUUAAAUGGCUGUGUGAGUACCUUAAACACCCUGAUCCAAAGGAACCCUCUUAUUCUGAACAUAAUUUCACUCUCACCCUUCAGUGAAACCCCAUUACACAUAGUAUCUUUGCUUAGCCAUUUGGAAUUCUGUGAGGUUCUUCUUAAAAGAAAACCAAGUUUAGAAAGUGAAGUUGACUCUGAAGGACGUUUCCCUCUUCAUCUGGCUUGUGCUGAAGGGAACACUGAGGUUGUGAAAGCUCUUUUGCAUACAAACUCAGAUGUUUGCUUGGCUUUGGACAAAGAUGACAUGCUUCCUCUCCACUUGGCUGUGAUGAGAGGACUCAUAGGAGUUAUUAAGGAGUUGACCAGAGCCAGACCAGACUCAAUACAACAGAACAUUAUUGAUGAUGGUUCUGUUUUGCACUUAUGUGUUACGUAUGAUCAUUUGGAACCAACAGCUCCUGCUUGCCAUAGACGAAGAGGGUAACACAGUUCUGCAUGUAGCAGUGAGGCUCAAACAUAUUAAGACCAUAAAAUACCUACUCAUGCUACCUGAAAUGAGAACAGCAGUUAGUGCUUUAAACAAGGCAGGUUUAACAGCUUUGGAGGCGUUGGAGCGCUGUCCAAGAGAUUUCAUAAGCCUAAAAAUUGAACACAUGUUAACUGAAGCUGGAAUUCAAACUGGCACUGCACAACAAGGGUCAUCAUCAUCACCAAGCAUAGCUACUCAACCAUCACAAUCCAAGAGAAGCAAAAUAUGGGAAACAUUAUGGUUAAAGUACUUACAAUACCAAAGUAAUUGGAUAGAAGAGAAAAGAGGAACAUUGAUGGUGGUAGCCACUGUAAUUGCCACCAUGACUUUUCUGUCAGCAAUAAGUUCACCAGGUGGGGUUUGGCAAGAAGACACAAUAACUGGUGGAUUCAACUGCACUACUUAUGGCAAUAUUUGUAAAGCAGGCACUGCAGUUUUAGCAUAUGAUUGGCCACAUGGGUUUCUGAAGUUCAUGACCUUCAACACCACUUCUUUCUUCUCCUCUCUCAGUGUGGUGCUGCUUCUCAUAAGCGGGUUUCACCUCGAGAACAAGCUCAUGAUGUGGAUCUUGAUCAUGGCUAUGACCUCAGCACUCACAUUCAUGGGACUCACAUACUUUUGGGCACAGAGCUUGGUCACCCCUGAUCACAUUGUUGAUAAAGUUAAUAGGAUGGGAAUUCCUUUGUCUAUAGUUUGGGUGAUCUUGCUUCUAGUGACUGUUUUGGUUCAUGUGGUUAACUUGUUCUUGUGCGUAAAGAAGUUGGUCAAGAAGUGGAAGAAGCAGAAGCUGCUGCUUGCUCAAAGCCAUUCCUCCGAGAGUUGGUCCAGUGAAUGAGAAUUACAAUUAGAGAAAUAGGAUUGUUACAACAACUAAUAGAUAGAAUAAUUGUGAUUGGAUAUAAUUAUAACAUGGAAGCUAAAAAACACUAAACUAGCUAUGUUGUAUAUCAUGGAUUUAAAUAAGUCCUUAUCUUUUGAUCCACUAUUUGUGUUAAAAUAACUCAACUGUAGUGAGCAGUUUGUAUGUAAUUAAGCAUGUUUAU